AUGUCUGUUCAACUUCCCGUUGACCCAACUAUUGUCAGUGAGGAGCGGAAGGGAUUUCUUCGUAAAGGAGAUGAUAUUGAUGUCUCACUGGGAGAACUGAAGAGAGUGUGGAAAGAAUUUCAACAAAAUAAAAACUAUAAGCCAGAAUCGUAUACGCUUGUGGCAUACGAAAAGAACGAGCCAAAAAACAGUGUUCUUUAUUACCUGGACCGACAGUUUGGGCCACCAUGCGACCAAAUCUGUCAUGAUGAUUUCAUAAUCAUAAGCCCAACCAGAUACAACGACAUUCUCUGCAUGGAUUCAACAAGAGUACGCCUAAAAGCUCGUAGUGAAAAUGACGACUACAUUCACGCCAGUUGGAUGACAAUGCCUGACAAUCAGAAAUACCUCUGCACACAGGUGAGCUAUUUAUUCUGGACCUGGAAAGUCCUUAGCAUUCGAGAGCAUCAAAACACACCGCGACGAGCACGUGCAGCGCUUGUUUUACAGUUGACGAUGGCUAGUAAAAACGCGUCUUUAGUGAACCAAAUGGUAAAUAACUCGUUCGCCACCAACGCACGUCAUGGUUAG